AUGGCGGCGAUGAAGAUGCUGAAUCCUAUGGCUCCGGUUUUAACCGGAGGGCGACCGGCUGAAAUGGACUGGAUGAACCGGGAGGUCACCACCGGGACCACAAUUAUGGCGGUAGAAUUCGAUGGAGGAGUGGUGAUCGGUGCCGAUUCACGGACUACAACUGGUUCAUACAUCGCUAACAGAGUGACAGACAAGCUGACUCCGGUACACGAUCACAUCUUCUGUUGUCGCUCCGGCAGUGCUGCUGACACACAAGCCAUCGCAGACGCCGUCGCCUACCAGCUCAGUUUCCACAGCAUUGAGCUGGGGGCUCCCCCUCUCGUACACACCGCUGCCAGCCUCUUCAAGGACAUGUGCUACAGGUACCGUGAAGAUUUGAUGGCCGGGAUCAUCGUAGCCGGAUGGGAUUCUAGAAAGGGUGGACAGGUUUAUACUGUACCCAUGGGAGGGAUGAUGGUCCACCAGCCCUUCUCCAUAGGAGGAUCCGGGAGUUCAUAUAUCUAUGGCUUUGUGGAUUCUACAUACAGGACGGGAAUGACCAAGGAGGAGUGUGUGAAAUUUACAGCCAAUGCUUUGGCAUUGGCGAUGGAGCGGGACGGGUCCAGCGGUGGAGUGAUUCGUCUUGCCGCCAUCACGGAGUCAGGGGUGGAGCGACAGGUUAUUCUCGGUAAUGAGCUCCCCAAGUUUCCAGUAUCGUAA